AUGACGUACCGUCGACGAUACGCCGCCGGCCCGUUGGCGUGGCUGCUGAUGUCGGUGCUGGUGUCGCUGUCGGGCACCGCUUGCGCCAACAACGGCGACCCGGUGUGCGACUGGCAGCGCGUGAUGGCCGCGGACGAGGCGCAGCCGCUGCGCGUCGUGCUCAAGUGUUCGCUGCGGACCAUCAACAACGCGGACAGCGUCAUAUCUAACCUGACGUCCGCCCAAAUGGACAUGAUCACCAGCCUGACGCUCAAGUGUAGCGACGUAAUAUUUUUCGAGAGCAGCCUGGAGAACAGCUUCCUCACGCAGCUCCGGCGCCUCAACCAUCUGGACCUAGAGUACUGCAAGAUCAAGUACGUGCCGCCCGCGGUGCUCAGCACGUCCAGGGAACUGAAGAAAUUGCGCAUCCGCACCCACAACACCGACUGGUCCGCCAUGACCAUGGACUUCCAUUCGGACAGCCUGCGCGGGCUCGUCCAGCUCCGGGAACUCGACCUGUCCGAUAACAACAUCUGGAACCUGCCCAAAGAGCUCUUCUGCCCGCUGGUCGGACUCGCCAACCUGAACCUGACCAAAAAUCGGCUGCAGGACGUGUUCGAGCUGGGCUUCUCGGACUGGGGAAACGGUCCGACGGCACCCGGCAAGACGUGCAACACCGCGCUCGAGGACCUGAACUUGGCCAACAACGACAUCAUAUCGAUGCCCGAUAACGGACUGACCAGCCUCAGGGCGCUGAAAAAAUUGUACCUGCAGGAGAACCAGAUCAACCAGAUCGCGGACCGCGCGUUCGUCGGACUCACGUCCCUCAACGUGCUGAACGUGUCGAGCAACCGGCUUUCGGCGCUGCCGCCCGAACUGUUCCAUUCCACCCGGUAUCUGCGCGAAGUUUACCUGCACAACAACUCGAUAAACGUACUGGCGCCGGGAUUACUCGAGGGACUCGACCAGUUGCUCGUGUUGGACAUGUCGCACAACGAGUUGACCAGCACCUGGGUGAACCGCGACACGUUCUCCGGCCUCGUCCGGCUGGUGGUCCUCAACCUCGGCCACAAUCAGCUGUCGAAAAUCGACUCGCACGUGUUCCAGGACCUGUACAGCCUGCAGAUACUCAAUCUCGAGCACAACAACAUCGAAAUGCUGGCGGACCAGGCGUUCGCCGCGCUCAGCAACCUGCACGCGCUCACGCUGUCGUUCAACAAACUCAAACACAUCGAACCGCUGCACUUUUCCGGGCUGUACGUCAUCAAUCAGCUGUUCUUGGACAGGAACCGCAUCGACACGGUGGACGAACACGCGUUCCAAAAUUGCACGAACCUGCACGACUUGGGCCUGUACGGUAACGCCCUCCGGCAGGUGCCCGCCGCCCUGUCCAAGUUGCACAUGCUCAAGACGCUCGACCUGGGCGGUAACGUCAUCAGGCACGUGAAAAACGCGUCGUUCGACGGACUCGACUUGCUGUACAACUUGAUACUGUCCAACAACGAGAUCGGCAACCUGACCGCGAACACGUUUUCCACGAUGCCUCUGCUCCAGGUGCUGAACCUGGCCUUCAACCGACUGACGCACGUCGACCAGCAAGCGUUCGGUACGUCCAACAAGCUGCACGCCAUCCGGCUGGACGGUAACGCGCUGUCAGAUAUAAACGGCAUGUUCGACGGCUUGUCCAAACUGGUGUGGCUGAACGUGUCCGACAACCAAAUCGCCAAUUUCGAUUACUCGUACUUGCCGUCCAGCGUCGAGUGGUUGGACAUGCACAAGAACGCCAUCAGCAACCUGGGCAACUAUUACGUGCAACGCGACACGAUACAAAUAAAAAUGUUGGACGCCAGUUUCAACCGCCUCACCGAGAUCACGGACACGUCGAUACCGGACAGCGUGGAAAACGUGUUCCUCAACAACAACCUGAUACACAAAAUCAAAAUCAACACGUUCCUGCGGAAGGCCAACCUGUCCCGGGUGGUUUUGUACGCCAACAAAAUGGAGUACAUCGACAUCGCCAGUCUCCGGCUGGACCCGGUGCCGGAGACCAAGGAACUGCCGCAGUUCUACAUCGGCGACAACCCGCUGAAAUGCGACUGCACCACCGAAUGGCUGCAGCGCAUCAAUCAGCUGAGCGUGCAGCGCCAACACCCCCGCAUAAUGGACAUGGACUCGAUCAUGUGCCGGCUGGUGCACUCCAAGACCGAAAAGUACAAACCGCUGUUGGACCUGAAACCGUCGCAGUUCCUGUGCGAGUACGAGUCGCACUGCUUCUCCGUGUGCGAGUGUUGCGACUUUGACGCGUGCGACUGCGAGAUGACGUGCCCCGACAACUGCACGUGUUACCACGACCACGUUUGGUCGUCCAACAUCGUGGACUGCUCGAACGCCGGGUACAAGUCCAUCCCGGCCCGGAUCCCGAUGGACGCGACCGAGAUAUACCUGGACGGCAACGAUCUGGGCGAGCUGUCCAGCCACGUUUUCCUCGGCAAAAAGAAACUGCAAGUGCUGUACAUGAACAACAGCAACGUGGUGUCGCUGCACAACAAGACGUUCAACGGGGUGCCCGACCUGCGGGUGUUGCACAUCGAGAACAACCAGCUGGACCGGCUCAACGGCGGCGAGUUCGAGACGCUGCCCAAGCUCGCCGAACUGUACCUGAACGACAACCGGAUAACGAGCGUCGCGAACCGGUCGUUCGCCCCGCUCAAGUCGCUGCAAGUGCUGCACCUGGAGAACAAUCAGAUCAACGAGUUCCGGCCGUGGCAGCAGCUGAACGCGGCCAACACGCUGACGUCCGUCUCGCUGGCCGGCAACACGUGGCUGUGCGACUGCGACGUGAUCGUCGGGCUCGAGGGCUGGCUGAAGAACAACGAUUACCCGCCGUCGACGAUGCUGUGCUCGGACAAGACGACGCCGGUGGCCUCGGCCAUCCAAAAGUGCCAGUCGGAGCGCGACACCGGGCCCAGCAUCCACCGGCCGUUCUACAACACGUCCGUGCUGGGCACCGACUACGUGCCGUUCGUGGCCGCCAGCCUGGCCCUGUUCAUCGUCGUGUUCGUGCUGGUCGCCCUGGCCCUGGUGUUCCGCGAGGACCUGUGCCUGUGGGCGCAUUCCCGGUACGGCGUGCGCGUGUGCAAGUCGCCGUCGUCCAGCGAGACUGACAAGCUGUACGACGCGUACAUGGUGUACAGCAUCAAGGACGAGGAGUUCGUCAACCACAUACUGUCCACCAGCCUGGAGCGGUUCGGGUACAGCCUGUGCCUGCAUUACCGGGACAUACACGUCAUCAGCCCCGCGUACCUGAUGGACAGCUUCCUCGGGGCGUCGGACGCGUCCAAGCGCAUAAUCGUCGUGCUGUCGCUGUCGUUCCUGCAAAACGAAUGGGAGAAACCGGUGUUCCGGACCGCGUUCCAGGCGUGCCUGGAACGGGCCAAGACGAAAAAGCAGUCGGUGGUCGUUUUGCUGACCACCACGAUCACGCCGGACCGGGAGCUACAGGCGCUGCUCAAGUCGUGCGACGUGGUCACGUGGGGCGAGAAGCGGUUCUGGGACCGACUCCGGUACCUGAUGCCAGACCCCAAGCCCAUGGCCAGCGCCGGCGGCGACCUGAAGAAAGUGAUAUGCGACGGCCGACCCGUGGCCAGGUACACGGCCGCUCCGACGUCCCUCGAGGCGUGGAUCCGCAUGAGCCCGGCCUCGGUGACGCAGUCGCAGGCUCCCACGCAGAGCUCGUGCAUGUCCGAGGAAUCGUCGCAGAGGACCACUGACGAGGACGAGGACCCGUCCAACCACAGUUACGUGUCCAUCGAUUACCAGCAGAGGCACAAGCUGCACCACGUGUACAGCAGCAUACCGGACCCGAUUUACAAUCAAGCCGGAGGGAGGACUUAUUUCGUUUAG